GAUAGAAGGAGAUAGAAAAUAAACCGGGGGAUGGAAACCACAACCCUUCUUUAACAACCCUGACAACAAUUUCUUUUAUUACUCGAAAUAUAACGAUUAUAAUUAUCAUCGGAGUGUUAGUUUGUUGAACGUUGCUAGGAAGAUAUUUGUUUGUUAGGAUUCUAACGGAAGGUAUCGUAAAAGAAAAUGAAGGAUCAUUUCAUUCAUGUUUCUUCGAAAAAUUAUCGGGAGUGUUCGUUCAUAUCGACGAAAAAUAUUUCGUUGACAUUUCGGUGCAUCUGUCAUAUGUGAAUCUUCUGCAAAAAGAUCUUACGUAAUCAUGGCACCAAACUUGUUUGGAACAACAGCAUCAUUAUUUUUGGAAGCAUCCCAGACUGGAAUAAUAGAUGAAAAUUCGACGACAGAAAAAACAAGUUCACCGAAAUUAGAAAAGAAAAAAUUAAUAAAAUCACAGCAAAAAUAUAGGUGGAAUAUUGUAUGGAGAAACGUCAUAGCAUUUCUCUAUCUUCACAUUAGCUUCCUUUAUGGAUUGUAUUUAGCUUUCACUGCUGCAAAAUUGGUUACUACGAUAUUCGCGAUAACCAGUGGCUUUUUAGCAGGCUUCGGUGUAACGGCAGGUGCUCAUAGAUUAUGGGCACAUAAAUCUUACAAAGCUAAAUGGCCGAUGAGAGUAAUACUGAUGAUUUGCCAAACUAUGGCAUUUCAAAAUCACAUUUACGAAUGGGUCAGAGAUCAUCGGGUCCAUCACAAGUUCACUGACACGGAUGCUGAUCCUCAUAACUCGCAAAGAGGAUUUUUCUUCUCUCACAUCGGCUGGCUAAUGUUAAAAAAGCAUCCCGAUGUUAUAAAAAAAGGUGCUACGGUAGAUAUGAGCGAUCUCGAGAAAGAUCCGGUGGUCGUAUGGCAACGCAGACUUUAUAUCAUUCUUAUGCCGCUAUUUUGUUUCAUCAUUCCUACGUGGAUACCUAUAUAUUUCUGGAAUGAGCGUCCGAUGUACUCAUGGUACCUUACGAUUUUUAGAUAUACCUUAUCUUUAAACAUUACCUGGCUAGUAAAUUCUGCUGCACAUAUUUGGGGUACAAAACCGUAUGAUAGUACGAUUUCUCCAACAGACAGUUAUUCGGUUGGUAUUGCUGCAUUCGGUGAAGGUUGGCAUAAUUAUCAUCACGUAUUUCCGUGGGAUUACAAAGCUGCUGAGUUAGGAAAUUACAAAGUAAAUUUUUCAACGGCAAUUAUCGAUGGUUUUGCUAAAAUUGGUUGGGCUUAUGAUCUCAAGACAGUCUCACACGAAAUGAUUGAAAAGCGUGCAUGUAGAACGGGAGAUGGUACAAAGUAUCAAAAUGUCAAAGAUCAACACGAGCACAAUCAUAAUAAUUCUAUUUGGGGUUGGGAUGAUCCAGAUAUCAAUACUGAAGAUGUUCAAAGCGCAAGGAUAUUAAAUAAGGCCGAAUAAGACUAUUAUUAUUGGAUUGGUGGUGGCGUUAAUAAAAAGAAAAUUACCAAAUAAAAAAAAAACCAUAGCGAAAAUG